GAGGAAGCGGCGGCCACGGCGGCUGCGGCGCCCAGAUAAGGAAACUGAGACCCACCGUGAGACCCUGAGGACACUUACAGUAGGAUAGAACUUAAGGAUCUAGAACUUGGAUUUUUGGACCUGCCUCCAAAAAGCUGGGGAUUUCUGCUGGGAAGACUCCACAGGCUUGGUACUCCAUCCUGGAGCAGCUUCCAUAGCCGCUGGCCAGCCUGGGGCUCGGAGAUGGCCUCCAGCUCAGCCAGCAGCCCUCACCCAGCCCCUGGUGAGAAUGAGUUUCCCUUUGGCUGUCCCCUCACCACGUGCCAGGAUCCGUCAGAACCCAGGGCCCUCUGCUGUGCUGCCUGUCUCUCUGAGAAUCUGAGGAACACCCAGGAUGCACUCUGCCCCAAAUGCAGAGGGAACAGCCUACAACCUGGAACCUCAGACAGCCUGACUCAGGAGAAGGUGGUCCCAGAGGCGACUGAGGAUGGCGUUGUGUGUCCCUUUGCAAGUGUGGGCUGCUCCUUCAAGGGGAGCACCCAGUCCACACAGGAUCAUGCAGCCACCUCCCAGGCCUCCCACCUCAACUUGCUGCUGGGUUUCAUGAUCCAGUGGAAAGCCCAGCACAGCUCCCAUGCAGGGUCCGGAUCCACAGCCCUGGAGCAGAACCUGUCACACCUGCAGCUGCAGGCAGCUGUGGAGCCGGCAGGGGAUGUGGAGGUGGACUGCUACCAGGCCCCCAGCUCUGAGAGCCAGGAGGAGCUGCUUCUGCAGCGCUUCCUGAAGGAGAAUCUGCUGGCUGAGCUGGAGGAGAAGUUGCGAGUGUUUGAGAACAUUGUCGCUGUCCUCAACAAGGAGGUGGAGGCCUCUCACCUGGCCCUGGCUGCCUCUGCCCACCAGAGCCAGCUAGACCGGGAGCACCUCGAAAGCUUGGAGCACAGGGUGGUAGAAUUGCAGCAGACACUGGCCCAAAAAGACCAAGCCCUGGGCAAGCUGGAGCAGAGCCUGCGUCUCAUGGAGGAGGCCUCCUUCGAUGGUACCUUCCUGUGGAAGAUCACCAACGUCGCCAGACGCUGCCAUGAGUCAGCUUGCGGCAGGACCAUGAGUCUCUUCUCCCCAGCUUUCUACACUGCCAAGUACGGCUAUAAGUUGUGCCUGCGGCUGUACCUGAACGGGGAUGGCACAGGCAAGAGGACCCACCUGUCCCUUUUCAUCGUGAUCAUGAGAGGGGAGUAUGACGCCCUGUUGCCAUGGCCUUUCCGGAACAAGGUCACCUUCAUGCUACUCGACCAGAACAACCGUGAGCAUGCCAUCGAUGCCUUCCGGCCCGACCUCAGCUCAGCCUCCUUCCAGAGGCCUCAGACUGAAACCAAUGUGGCCAGCGGCUGCCCAUUGUUCUUCCCCCUCAACAAGCUGCAGUCGCCCAAGCAUGCCUACGUGAAGGACGACACCAUGUUCCUCAAGUGCAUUGUGGACACCAGUACUUAGAGUCACUGGGGUUCCUGAAAAAGGACUCACUCAGUCUAGGGGCUUAGCAAGGUGAUUGGCAGCCUGCCCUUCAGGCUUGCAGUCCUGGGACAGAGCAUGAUGGGCUGCUGGACAGAAAAAAUUGACUAUGGCUGCUAUCAAGAUGCUGGGACCUUGGGGUGGGGCUCCAAAAGGCAGAGGAUACUGAAGGAGACAGCACGAUUGCUCCCCUCCUCACAGACCAUGCAUCGCUGAGAGGCAGCCCUGAAUGUUGAGGCCAUUUUCCACUGAGAUUGGGAGAAGCUGGCCCCAGCCUGAGGCAUCACAGGGAGCCAGAGCAAUCGGGCCUGCGCAGAGAAGUUCUCAGGAUAGGAGGGUCUCAUAGGGCCCAUGGAGAGCUAGAAACUUGCUUGUUCUCCCUAGUUCUCCAUCACUGGAAGUGAACAGGUAAAGCCAAAGGGCUAUGCUAAGGAAAGGGCACCAAGUAAAGAUUGGAUUUAAAGUUUCUUAAAACCAUAAGAGUCCUAAUGUUGGCCUCCUGACCCAGGCAAGGCCUAGACCCUAGACUCCUAGGAACACUAGAGCCUCGCGCCUUCGGGCUCCUCACCUACCCAUAGCAUCUCCAGGUAGGCCGAGUGGCCCCCAGGCACUGUUCCCUGGCAGCCCAGCUUCCCCACAUGCAGGAGCACAUACAGGCCCUGUCAUCUGUGCCUCCACCAGCCAGUCCCCUUCCUUCCAUGCGGGUGAAAGCUCUCAGGAGGAGCCAGAAGGAAUGUGCAGGUGUGGGGGUGCUGGGGAAGUCAUCAGCUUUCCACUUUCCUGCCUCAACCCCCCCCUCCCCGUGUGCUUUCCACAAUCCCAGUCACCUCAGUAUUCACUUCCCUCAACUGACUGACCAGGGCCUCUCAGCUACUUGGCAAAGCUUGUCCCUUUAAAUAUGUAUAAACCAA